CCAUCCACUACCUUCCUAUAUUAACACUGAUCUCAUAUGCCAAUAAAGACGAGCCUUGCCCGAGUGCGCCAACGGACUACAUACAAAGGGAAGUCCACGACCUCCAUGUAUCCUCGUUCCAUUCCUUCAAACAGCGCCCAAGACCAGCAGACGCCCAAGAUGAUCCCUGAACUGUUUACCACAUGGCCCCCUAUCUGGGACACCCUUGAUACCAAGACCUCCACCGCGCAGGACAUCACCAUAGAUGAAUGUCUUCCUUUUCUGGCCGCCCAGGUUGGUGAUAUACGUUACAACCGACGUGGUGUGCCGCGGCUUGAACGGGAACGGCAUAUCAAAUUCCUUCGGAAGCAUCUCGAUGGCCUCCCCUCCGGGUAUGUGACUUUAGAUGCAAGCAGGCCGUGGGUUCUCUAUUGGUGUCUCAAUGGCCUAUCCCUCCUAGGCUAUGAUAUCUCUGGCUAUCGCGAUGGGCUUGUCGAGACAGCACGGUCCAUGCAGAACGCGACUGGGGGGUUUGGAGGAAGUAUGGGCCACGAAUCACACCUAGCCUGCACCUAUGGCAUGGUCUUGGCGUUAUCUAUCGUUGGUGGAGAGGAUGCAUAUCAGGUCAUCGAUAGGAGAGCUCUUUGGAAAUGGCUUUGCGCCUUGAAACAGCCGGAUGGGGGGUUCCGGAUGGCAGUCGGAGGUGAAGUCGACAUAAGGGGGGCUUACUGCGCAGCCGUCCUGAUUACCUUACUGAACCUUCCCCUGGACCUAUCGUCCGACUCGCCGGCAUGGACGCCCGACCGACCAAACUUACUCACUGGUUUAGCAGAAUAUGUAAGCCGAUGCCAAACCUUCGAGGGCGGCAUUUCAGCGCAACCGGACGGCGAAGCUCACGGAGCAUACGCAUUCUGCGCUCUAGGCUGCCUUGCAAUCCUUGAUGCACCCCAUCGUACAUUUGCCAGGUAUCUCGACGUCCCACGGCUUAUUUCCUGGCUCUCGUCGCGACAAUAUGCUCCAGAAGGCGGGUAUAGCGGGCGCACUAAUAAACUUGUCGAUGGUUGUUACAGCCACUGGGUCGGAUGCUGUUGGCCACUGAUUGAGGCCAGUCUCGCUGGACCAACUAAUCUCAUGUUCAAUGUAAACAAAAAUAAGCACUCCGAUAUUGAUAUCCACAACAUUUACAGUCGUGAGGGUCUCAUACGCUAUAUUCUCUGUUGCGCGCAAGACCAAUCGAAAAAGGGUGGUAUGAGGGAUAAGCCGAGCAAAGGGCCGGACGCGUACCAUACUUGCUACGUACUUACUGGAUUGUCCUCAGCUCAACAUGUUACACGUUUGCUUGCCUCGGAUGGUGAAGGAUUGAUGACGCAUUCGGAAUAUGACGUCUCGCCUCACCAUGGAAGCCCUCAAAUCUAUGAAGAAGAAGACCGACUCGAAGCAACUGAUCCUGUAUACUUUAUACCGGAGGGAAAGAGAAAACAAAUCAUGUCGUAUUUUUUAUCGAAGCCGGGAUUUUGACCCGCUUGUGGCCGCAUAUGAAGAGGCCAUAUCCGACACUGCGCCGGGCCAAUACGAAGAAGGCUGGGUUUCUUCCUCUCAAUCCUGCGAUACAUCGACCUUCCGCCCGUAGCUACGAACGAGUGUUAGCGUUACGACCUC